CUGUAUAUACACGUGUAUCUUCUGAUUUGGAUAUACCUCACUUGAUAAAUAUGCACAGAUUAUAGAUUAUCAACAAUGUCCCCAUCUGCUACCGUUAUCGAUUCGUCCGCUUCCAACGCGGUCGUUGGUGCUCUCGGCACUACGUCAACAGGCAAGAAGCUCAAGAUUCGGAAAUACCCCGAUUUCGAGACUCUCGAAGCUGAGCGUCUCUAUCGCAAGCAGCAUUUAGCUGCAGCAUUUCGUAUCUUUGCCGACAGGGGAUUCGAUGAAGGUGUUGCCGGACACAUUUCUGUGCGCGAUCCGAUUUUGACAGACCAUUUCUGGCUGAAUCCCCUCUCCAAGCACUUUGCUACGAUUACUAUGUCGGAUUUGGAGCUGGUAAAUGAGGACGGUGAAGUGGUAGUCGGUGAUGAGCCCAUCAAUGCUGCUGCUUUUGCGAUUCAUUCUGAGAUUCACAAAGCACGCCCUGAUGUGCAUGCUGCAUGUCACGCACAUAGUGUUGCCGGUAAGGCUUGGUCGGUAUUCGGCAAACCCCUAGACAUGAUGACACAGGACGCCUGUCGAUUCUACAAGAGUCAUGCCGUAUAUGACAAUUUCGGUGGUGCCGUGCUUGACCGUGAAGAAGGGAAACGCAUUGCCAAAGCACUGGGUAAUGGAAAAGCGGCCAUUUUACAAAAUCAUGGGCUACUCACCGUCGGAAAUUCGGUUGAUGAAGCGGCUUUCUGGUUCAUCAGCCUCGACAAGACAUGCAUGGCGCAGUUAUUGGUCGAUGCUGCAGCAGCGGGCUCUGGCCACAAGAAAAUCAUGAUCAACGAUGAAGAGGCUGCAUUUACCGCUGAGCAGGUUGGUUCUCCAGAAAAGGGCUGGCUAGCGUUCCAACCAUAUUAUGAUGAAAUUUUACAGAGAACAAAUGGUCACUUCUUACAGUAAUGGUGCCAUCGCUUUCAGGUUUGUGGAAUCAUAUUAGAAUUAUUCUAUAUAUUCCACAUG